AUGUCCGAUUCCAAGCCGAAAACCAUCCUCAUCACCGGCUGCUCCGCCGGGGGCAUCGGCGCGGCGCUGGCCCUUCGGCUAGCGGACCAGGGCCAUCGCGUCUUCGCCACGGCCCGCGACGCCCGCAAGAUCCCAUCUCAUGUCCGCGAGCACCGCAAAAUCACCGCCCUGACGCUAGACGUCACGGAUGAUGUGUCCGUCGCCGCCGCAUCGAUAGCCGUCCGGGCCGCCGGCCGCGGCGGGCUCGAUGUCCUCGUCAACAAUGCCGGCGUGGGCUACACCAUGCCGCUGCUCGACGUUGAUGUCGACAGGGCCAAGCGCUGCCACGACGUCAAUGUCUGGGGCCCUGUGCGCACAGUGCAGGCCUUUUCAGACUUGCUGAUUGCUAGCCGCGGUCGCGUUGUGAAUAUCGGCGCCGCCGUAGGAUGCUUGUAUUCACCAUGGAUCGGCGCAUACAGCUCAUCCAAGUCGGCGCUCCAUACCGUUUCGGAAACGCUGCGCAUGGAGCUUCAGCCUUUUGGCGUCACCGUUGCGUGCCUCGUCACCGGCACUGUCGCGACGCGCUUCCAUGCCAACGAAGGCGAGUUUUCCCUGCCAGCGGACUCCCUCUACGCAGAUAUCCUACGUACGAUAUCGCGCUGGGCUCGUGGCGAGGUCGGGCCGGAUCAAGGCAGCGUGGAUGACUACGUGACGCAAAUUCUUCCCGACGUAUUGGGGAAUUCGCGCGGAGGCAAGCUGUGGAGGGGUGCCAAUUCAGGUGCUGCGUGGUUUGCGUCGACUUGGCUGCCAGAUUAUGUUUUGGACAAGCUCGUCGUCCUAAAUCAGGGGCUGGAUAAAUUAACACAAAGUAUCCUCGAAAAGAAGGCAGAAUAA